CAAAUAAAUCACUUCGAUACUUCAUUAUCCAAUACAUUAGUGCGUUUUUAUAACUUUCUUAUAUUUUAACUGUGAAAACCUGUCAACCGUAAUUGACCCACAAAUGCAGCAUGAACAGCUUCAUUUAAGGAAUCAAAUAAAUGAUAUAAUAGCUGAAAAUAAAAAAAUAGAUACGAAACUGGAAGCUCUUAAGACAACAACUGUGCACAUUAACGGAGAUUCCAGGGAUGAUGCUACGAGAGAAAAAUUCACAAACGAUGCAUUACUGAAUAUUAAAAAACAAAUAGACUCUCUGGAAGCGGAAAACAAUGAAUUGAGGUCUCUCAAUAAUAGCUCCCGAAAACGGAUACAAAUUCUCGAAAGUGAAAUUCAAAAUUAUAGAAAUUAUCUAUGUGAAUCAAAAACCGUUGCUGAGAUAAAGCAAAAGUAUGAGACUGCUAUGUUAGUGCUGGAAAAUACAAUUCAAACACAAAAGACGCAAAUAACAAAGCAAGCACAGGUCAUCGACAAUCUGUUCCAACAAAGGGAACAAUUGAACAAACAUAUUAAAAAACUCGAACAAGAAAAAGAGAAUUCAAGCAAUGCGACAACAACGGCUACAAUAGAAAAACUCAGAGCUAAACUUAAUGAGUCAGCUCAUCAAACAAAAGAACUUCAAUUAUCUCUAAAAAUGGCGAAAAGUGUGAUUGAAGAGCGUUAUGAGCGCGAAAAAUGUGCCCUACAAAAGGUGCAGGAAGCACUAUCAAUAGCUGAAGCAGCAGUGGUGGACAAAGAAGAUGCACAAAAACGGGAACAAGUUGUUAAGGAGGAAUGCGAUAAUUUGGCAUCUACGAUUGGACAAGUGAUGGACGAAGCUGCGAAAAAAGUAGACAAGGACAUGGAUGAAUUGAGGAGAAAGUUUAGCGAAAAAGAGCGUAGUCUUUUGGAAUUUCAACUGCAUAUGAAGGAAGAAAUAAAAAAUCAAAAAAAAUUCAACCAAAUACUGGAGACACGCUGCAGUAGAUUUCAACAAAAGUACAAAGACAGUAUGAAGGAAGUUCAAAAUUUAACACAACAAUUAGAAAGUGCAGUCAAAGCUUUGCUUGAAAUGGAAAGUAAGAUAAACAAACAAGAAAAUUUACAAAAAAUAUUAACAAAGAGGGCUGAGGAAAAGGAAGUUGUAAUACAGAACUAUAUAAAAACAAAUACGAAGUUGAAAGAAGAAUACAAGAAUACGCUGUCGGACAUAACAAAAAAAUUUGAAAGACAAAUUUACUGUUUACAAAAAGAAAAUGGUAGACUCAGGACAAUGACGCUUAAAUAAUAUUUAUUGCAAGUACUGAAUAAAACCUAUACAAAUUUAUUUAUAAUUGUA